CUCUCCGGAGCAACCAUGAAGUGCCUCGUCCUGCUCCUUUGCCUUGCUCAGCUCUGUGCCUGCCGCUCUGUCCCGCAUGGCCCGAUUCCGGGUUAUAGGGAACCAGCCUGUGAUGACCCAGAAACAGAGCAGGCAGCCCUGGCGGCCGUGGACUACAUCAAUAAGCACCUUCCUCAUGGCUACAAGCACAUCUUAAACCAGAUUGAGAGUGUGAAGGUGUGGCCGCGGCGGCCCACGGGAGAGGUGUUUGACCUUGAAAUAGACACACUGGAAACCACCUGCCAUGUACUGGACCCCACUCCCCUGGCAAACUGCAGCGUGAGGCAGCUGAAAGAGCACGCGGUGGAAGGAGACUGCGAUUUCAAUGUGCUGAAACAAGACGGAGAGUUUUCCGUGUUGUCUGCAAAAUGUGAUUCCAGUCCAGACUCGGCCGAGGACGUGCACAAGGUGUGUCCACACUGCCCCCUGCUGGCCCCUCUCAACGACAGCCGGGUGGUGCACGCAGUAGAGGCCGCGCUGGCUGCCUUCAACGCCCAGAAAAACGGCUCCUACUUUCAGCUUGUGGAAAUUUCUCGGGCUCAAUUUGUGCCUCUUUCAGCUUCUGUCACUGUGGAGUUUGCAGUGGCUGCCACUGACUGUGUUGCUAAAGAGGUCGUAGACCCAGCCAAGUGCAACCUGCUGGCAGAAAAGCAAUAUGGCUUCUGUAAGGGGACAGUCACUGAGAAGGUUGCUGGCGGGGAAGAUGUUGCAGUGACCUGCACGGUGUUCCAAACACAGCCUGUGCUCCCGCAGCCCCAACCAGACGGCGCCGAAGCAGGGCCCCUCACCGCUGCACCGGGCUCGGCUGGGCCAGCACUUUCUCCAGCUGGCCAGCCCGCGGCCUCCCUGGUGGUGGGACCCAGGGCCGUGGCAGCUCCCCCGAUGCCCCCACCGGUGUACCCGGCGCACUACGACCUGCGCCACGCCUUCUCGGGUGUGGCCUCAGUGGAGUCAGCCUCAGGAGAAGCGUUUCACGUGGGGAAGACACCCAAGGUGGCGCAGCCUAGCAUUCCUGCUCCUGAAGGUCCAGUUCCAGUGGUCCGCCCUUGCCCGGGGAGAAUCAGACACUUCAAGGUCUAG